AUGGAAACUUAUGAAACUUAUGAAAAACAAAUCAUAUAUAAUGAUGAUAAUUCUAUUAAUUUAUCCUUUGGCCAUGCUGCAGAAUGGUACUUAACUAAUAUACCAUUAUUACAAAAUUAUCGUUUAAAAAACCAAAGUAGGCAGGUUACUCCAAAACUUGUUAAAAAUAGUAUUUUAACUAUAGAACGCACACAAGGAGCAAUAGAUUAUUUAGAAUGGACUACCACAACUAGAACUAAAAAAUCUACAAAUAGAAUAGAUGAUAUAUUAGUUCUAACUACUAAAGGAGAAGACUUAGUUUCACAAAUCAAUUUAGGAAUAGAGAAAGAUCAGCAGUGCUGGUAUUGGGUAAUGUACUGCUCUGGUAAUGGGAAUAUUUGUCAACAUUUAUAUGGUGGAAUUGGAAAAUGUUUAGAAACUUGUAAUCAUUAUUUGUUAUAUAAUAAUCUAAAAAAUGCAAAUGAUAUGCAUUUAUGCAGUGUUAGAGUUAUUUCCGAAUGUCGAUUAUCAGAUUCAAUUGCUUUAAGUAGAAGAGCAGAUCACAGAACAGCUAAAGGAAUAAAAGCCAAAUUAUUAACUCCAUUUAAUGGUGCAUCAGAAGAAGUAAUUAGUAAAGCAUUAGCAA